AUGUAUAUUAUAUUCUUCAAGCAUGGUUUCACGUGCAUCUCAAGUGAAUUGGCUCUGUCCGAAGCUUGUCAGUUGAUGAUUGAUGAUCCGACAAAUGUUGAAUGCGUAAAUUGCCUUCGAGCAUGGCAUGGAGCAUGUAAGCCAGCACAUAGCGCAGAAGUGGAGCGACAGUGGUUCUGUAGCCAAUGUGUGAAGGGCAUUAAUCUGCCAAAAGGAGUGAAGACCGAAAUGUCCGCAGAUUAUCGAAGAACCUUUCAACGCUUACGUCGCUAUCAACUACGAGCGGCACCUUCAGCAGCCCCAACCGAACCGAGCAGCAGUGAAACUCCGCGUAGGAAGCGUGGGAGGCCAAAAGGAAGCACAAAAUUGAGCAAAGUCGCAGUGACUGAUAUUUCUUUGCCUAGUUGCCCUGGACUUCCUAUAGAAACUUGCCCAGAGGGAAUCAAGCAGGAUGGAGACGCUCCCAAGAUUGUCUCACCCCCUCAUAGAACACGAAAUGAGUUCGGUUCAAGUCCUCAGAGAAAGUCACUGCUACCCGAUCAACCCGUAUUAUGCUCUUCCACUGUCGGGGGAAUGCUAUUUGACGUUGCACUCGCAAAAAUGGAAGAAAUGGGAGUGGAUAAGAAGGCUAAUUUACCGAAGGAUAAGGAACAAUGGGUAAACCUUGGAGGAGAGACUGAUAUAAAGGUUCUUUACGAAAGUCCUUAUUCUGAUGACAUUAAGAGCGUGCCGUUGUUUUUUAUAUGCGCUUAUUGUCUGAAACCGUUCAGCGACCAGAAUUCGUACUUUGUUCACCAGGACUGCUGCCCUCGCAUAGCUCCACCUGGUCGUGAAAUUUAUCGUGAAGCUGAUUCUAGCCUUUCAUUUUUCGAGGUUGAUGGCGCUGUGGAACGCACAUACUGUCGCAAUUUGUGUCUUCUGGCUAUGCUCUUCAUCUCUUCUAAAAUAUCACACAAUGAAGUGGCAACGUUCUUAUUCUACAUACUAACAAAAAAUGACGAAAAUGGGUGCCGCAUAGUUGGAUACUUCUCGAAGGAAAAGAAUCCGAGCAGAAACAACAACUUGUCGUGCUUACUGACCCUGCCAAGCGAGCAGCGCAAUGGAUAUGGACACUUGCUCAUUGAUAUGAGUUAUCAGUUGUCUUGCAUUGAAAGGAAGGUCGGUUCUCCUGAACAUCCGCUAUCAGAUCUUGGCCUGUUCACCUAUAGAAAAUACUGGAAGUCCAGCAUAUUGUGCUAUCUUAGAUCCCGUAAAGAUGCUACACUUAUAUCUAUAAAAAGCAUGAGCCUUCAAACUCGUAUCCAUCCAACGGACAUUGUGAACGAGCUGAUGAGGAAUAACCUGUUAAUCAUGAAGGAUAGCAACUACUUCAUCAAGACAUGGAAACUCGCGUUCAAGUUCCCGCUGUCAAUGUUGAGGCGACGGGUUGUUGAUCCGUCUCGAAUCAAGUGGAUGCCCGAUUUCGAUGUUACCACACUUGACCCUUAUAAGCUUAAUCAUUACGCGUAA